AUGCGGUGCGCACACAAGGCAGCUGAGAGCGCAUCUGCACGUCUCUGUGCAGACGCCGAAGCAGAAACCGCUGCAACCAAUGUGCCAUCAAUUGCCAUAGCGUCUCAGUCUGUAUCACCUGGUGAUGCAGGCGCUUGUCAUGAAGACACUCAUGUCUUCUCCGAGUAUGAGCUCGGUGUCUCGUACUCUCCUGAUACGGAAGAGGGAUCCGUAUCGAAGGCGUUUGAAACCAAGCCGCCUGCCAAGCGUGGCAUGGAUGAUGCUACUCGUCGUAGCAUCUUCGGUUUUAUCUGA